AUGAGCAUCAACAUGGACCUUCUCGGUCUCGACGGUCUCGAAGGGUUUGACGAAGAUACGCCGCCCGUGGUCUCGAUCUCAGCAUCGCAGUCCCUCAACGCGUCGGCCGCCACCCGCGACCCGAUCGCGACGGGUCUGGCGCGUCUAGACGAGGCUCUGAAUGACCUCCCAGACCAGCCCAAUCAAGGCGGGAUCUUGCGUGGACAUGUUACAGAAAUAUUCGGACCUCCAGGAGCCGGGAAGACCUCGCUGGCGUUGAAUAUUGCAUGUAAUGCACUACGCGAUGGCAAAGUAGUCUGGAUUGAUACGGGGUCUCCCUUGCCCAGUCCCCGGCUCGAGGAGAUGUCCGUCAACCUCGAUGACUUUAUCUAUUUCCGGGCGCAUACGCUAGCCCAUCUUAUAGCCCUGCUGGCACGUCCUCCAAAAGGGUUCCCACCGUCGGAAACAAACCUUAUUGUUGUCGACUCUGUGUCGAGUUUAUUCCCCGCUUACUUCCCCAGCGCCCAAGAGCUGAAGGAUCAGCUUGCCGAGGGCAAAAUCACUGAUAAAGCACACCUGCAAUGGCUGCUCAAUCGCAAAUGGAACAUUGCCAGCGAGCUAGCCACACAUCUGGCCAGACUUGCUGCGAGAAAUAUCGCUGUGUUGACUAUUAACCAAACCCAUACGAAGAUCAAACCUCAGUCUCACGCGGUUCUGCAGCCGCUCUUGUCCGGCAGCGCAUGGGAGGCCAGCGUGCAAACGCGCAUUGCGGUGUAUUGUGACCUGCCAGAUGAGCGAUUUGCAGAGGUUGAGAAGCGCGCGGGUAAGUCAUUGCCUGAGCAAGCCGAGGAGCUACUCGUUGCGUUUCGCAUUGAACCGGAUGGUCUUUAUGAAAUAGAGAGAAAGGAAUCUCUACCCUCCGAACCUUUGAGUCCCUUGGUAAAGACUCCUCCCGACUUCGAGUAUUAUGAUCCUCCUACUCCGACUCCUUCGCCUAUAUCUUCUGUGCUGUCUUCUGCACCACCAUCUCCAGAUUUGAAGUCUCCCGGCCCAUUACCAUCUAAGCCGAUACCACCAGAACAGCCUGUACAGGCACCAAGCAAGAAACGGAAAGUGGAGGAAGUAGCGGACAGUCAGGAUGAAGACUCCGAGGAAGAUGUGCCAUGGACAGCCGAGGCAACCCUAAACACGAAUCAAUUGUGA